GAAGCGCGUCCACGUGAGUUUUGUAAACAUGACCGUGAGCGGGUGAGCGCGGCCAUUGCCCCCCGAGCUCAAUGCUAUGACUGCGAUGGCCCGUUACUUUCUCCUGGCGCUCCUCGGCACCGUGCUGAGUCCGGGUCAGAGCUACACCCUGAGGAGCUCCGUGUCCUGGGUCGUCUCCUCCACCGAUGUGGUGGAGGACGCGGACCUGUCGGAGGAGGUGGCCCCGGCGCUGCUGGUGGACGGCGCGGGGCUGUGGAAGCAGGCGUACCCGACCUCCAACGUCCUCGGAGACGGCGUUGAGAGCCCCGGGGAGCUGGUGAAGCCCGAGGGGGACGACGUGGCGCAGCUGUCCUCCCGCUUGUUUUCAUACCGGCUGGAGAAGGUGAAGAGUUCCGCCAGCAGCGCUGCUCCUCCGCCGCCCCCGCACCAGGAGACCGCCCGGACCGCCCGAUACAUAGCGCACUACAGUGACUGGGGACAUCUGUCCACCAUCUCUACACAGGACAAGAUUAAAGGUCUCCCCUUUGGGAACAUCUUCUCAGUCAGCGAUGGACCAGCGGACAACAGCACUGGAGUUAUCUACUUCUACAUGACUCCGAUGGACAACACUGUGUUAGACCUGAAAAGUAACCCGUAUGCUUCUCUCACCUUCUCAGAGGCAGAGGGGGAGUUCUGCAGGCAAAUGGUGUAUGACCCAGAGGAUCCAAGAUGUGCUCGACUCACACUGACAGGCAAGAUGGUGGAUGUGGUGCCAGAGGAGCUCGCGUUUGCAAAGGAGGCAAUGUUCUCCAGACAUCCUGCGAUGGCAAAGUGGCCAGUGGGACACAAGUGGUUCUUCAUGAAGCUGGAGUUGAUCCAGGUGUGGCUGCAGGACUGGGUCGGGGGCGUUUCACUCAUUCCAAUCGAGGACUACUUUAAAGCAACACCCUUCUGAGAAUAUCCCUCCCUCUGCAUCAUGUCAGCCUACAGAAACAGAUCAGUCAGCUGACUGCACCACACAUGUCACUUAAAUAAAGGACACAACAAUGUUCACAGAUUAUUUUAAACCUUUUUUUUUAAUUCACUGUUGCUAUUUUAACUUCUGAGAGUGAAUCUUCUUCAAAGCUACUUUUUCUUUCUUGCCCCUCAACUCAGAUUGUCGGACAAAAUCAGUUCAUCAGGUUCCUGUGUGAAUGUAUUUUAAAUCAGUGAGCUUAUUAAACUUCAAGGUCACGGUCCUCACUGCUACUAUAACCAUGCCUGUUUCAUUAAUAAAUUAUUUUUAAACAAUGAAUGACUACUAUUGUAUGGGUUUGCAUCAAACUAUAUGUGCUGUUCAAGAAAUAAAUUGUGACCACACAA